UCAGAAGCGUAGAGGCGGCGGCAAAAUGGCGGCGCCUGAGGAGCGGGAUCUAACCCAGGAGCAGACAGAGAAGCUGCUACAGUUUCAGGAUCUAACUGGCAUAGAAUCUAUGGAUCAAUGUCGCCAUACCUUGGAACAGCAUAACUGGAACAUAGAGGCUGCUGUACAAGACAGAUUGAAUGAGCAAGAGGGUGUACCAAGUGUUUUCAACCCGCCUCCUUCCCGACCUCUGCAGGUUAAUACAGCAGACCACAGGAUCUACAGCUAUGUUGUCUCAAGACCACAACCAAGGGGGCUGCUUGGAUGGGGUUAUUACUUGAUAAUGCUUCCAUUCCGGUUUACCUAUUACACGAUACUUGAUAUAUUUAGGUUUGCUCUUCGUUUUAUACGGCCUGACCCUCGCAGUCGGGUCACAGACCCUGUUGGGGACAUUGUUUCCUUUAUGCACUCUUUUGAAGAGAAAUAUGGGCGGGCACACCCUGUCUUCUACCAGGGAACGUACAGCCAGGCGCUUAAUGAUGCCAAGCGGGAGCUUCGCUUUCUUUUGGUUUACCUUCAUGGUGAUGAUCACCAGGACUCUGAUGAGUUCUGUCGCAACACACUCUGUGCACCUGAAGUUAUUGCACUUAUUAACACCAGGAUGCUCUUCUGGGCAUGCUCCACAAAUAAACCUGAGGGCUACAGGGUAUCCCAGGCUUUGCGAGAGAACACAUAUCCAUUCCUGGCCAUGAUUAUGCUAAAGGAUCGGAGAAUGACUGUGGUGGGACGCUUAGAAGGCCUCAUUCAACCUGAUGACCUCAUUAACCAACUGACAUUUAUCAUGGACGCAAACCAGACUUACCUGGUGUCAGAACGCCUAGAAAGGGAAGAAAGAAACCAGACCCAGGUGCUGAGGCAGCAGCAAGAUGAGGCAUACCUGGCCUCUCUGAGGGCUGACCAAGAGAAAGAAAGAAAGAAACGUGAGGAGCGUGAACGCAGACGGCGGAAGGAAGAGGAGGUGCAGCAGCAAAAGUUGGCCGAGGAGAGACGGCGACAGAAUUUACAGGAGGAAAAAGAAAAGAAGUUGGAGUGCCUACCCCCUGAACCUUCCCCUGAUGACCCUGAAAGUGUCAAGAUCAUUUUCAAAUUGCCCAAUGAUUCUCGAGUAGAGAGACGAUUCCACUUUUCACAGUCUCUAACAGUAAUCCACGAUUUCUUAUUCUCCUUGAAAGAAAGCCCUGAAAAGUUUCAGAUUGAAGCCAACUUUCCCAGACGAGUGCUGCCCUGUGUCCCCUCAGAGGAGUGGCCCAACCCUCCUUCACUGCAGGAGGCCGGACUCAGCCACACAGAAGUUCUCUUUGUUCAGGACCUAACAGAUGAAUGACACUUUUUCUUCCUUUCUCCUCCCACCCCAGCCCCUAAAAGAAAUGGAAAAAACAAAGCAAACAAAAAGACAACAACAAAAAAAAAGAGAGAGAAAUUCAUAUUAUUAUUAUUAUUAUUAUAAUACAAUAUUUUUUUUAAAAAAACUGCUGCAUCCUAAGGAAGGAUCAGAAACCAUGCUGCCUGCAAGAGUCACAGCCUGUGUGUGUGCGAGAGAGGUUAGCAACAAACGGACCCGCUCGGCAAGCUCCCUUCCCUCCUGCUCUGCACCACGCGUCUGCUACCAAAAGGAGACUCUUCACCUGCCACUCAUACACUGUCAGGACUGGGGAAGGGGCCAGUCCCACCAAUUUUCAUUCAUUCUUGCAUUUAUGGAAACUGAAAAUGAAAAACCUUCAUGAACCAGCUACUGCAGAUCUCCUGAGGACCUGCUUCUUCGGCCUCUGGAGAAGAAAGGAAGAGAAGGGACAAAACAAAGUGUUCCCUGAACUUCCCACAAUUGAUUUAAUAAUUUUUAAUUCUUAUUGGUUGCUUUAUAAUGACCAAAGGAAAGAGGCUGACAGGUGUUUUGUUGUGUUUUUUUUCCCUUUCUUUCUUUCUUAACUUUAUUUGAUAAAGAAUCAAUUCUUAAACCCACAAGUUCAAGCCCCAGCUCGUUGGCCCCCAAGAGUGUAAUAAAGGUGCCUGGGCUGGUUUGGGCUUA